AAUGGCUGACGAGGUGAUGGCGAAAGCUGGGCUCCACUUUGAUGAGCUAAAUAAAAUACGAGUCCUUGAACCAGAUGCUGCUGGUCAAACUACAGAGUUAAAAGAAGAGUGUAAAGAUUUUGUGGAAAAAAUAUCAGAUUUCCAAAAGAUUGUCGGAACAUUCAUUGAUAUGGUUGAUGGUGUGUCAAAAGAAGUUGAAAAGGAAAAAAUGAAGGCAAUUGGUUCAAGAAAUCUACUGAAGUCCAUGGCGAAGCAGCGAGAGGCACAGCAGCAGCAGUUACAAGCUUUGAUAGCAGAAAAGAAAAUGCAAUUAGAAAGAUUGCGAGUUCAGUAUGAAGCAUUACAAAAGGAAGAAAUCGAACAAAAUGAAUUCAUAGAGCAGUUCAUCUUACAGAAAUGACGGAUUGAUUACUUGAUCUAUGAAAAGACUCUAUGUCAAUCAGUUACAAAGGACAGAAGAUCUGACGUAUCUGAGUGACUUACAACGUGUAAAAUGUGGAAGUGUACAUGUAAAUCCGUCCUCUUCACUGACACUGGAGGCUUUGCUAGCUUGAAAGUUCUGGAAUUGAUUUGGUGGUUCAGAAUUUUGAAGCACUGGCUGUUUUUGAAAAAGACUGGUAGUUUUGUUUGAUUAAGUUAUUCAGGGAUAGAUGAAUUUGGACAUUCUACAGACAAUGUCAAUGAUAGGGAAAACUAGAAAGCUGUUGUUUUGCCCUAUGUCAAGGACAUUUGUUUGCAACUGCAGUUGGCAAAUGUUGUCAGCUGUCUCUCUUCUUGCCCACUUCGGACCCCAGGCAACUUUUUCAAAGAUCCUCUUAUUUUUCUCUUCUACUUCUACAUGUGUUCUUGUAUUGUAUGCUGUGCUAUUUUUAGAAUCCGUCCAAAAGAAAAUGCACCAUGGAUACAGAAGCUGAAACUGAUGUUUUCGUGAACAAAGAAAGAUAUGUGGCUGCAAAACUAAAAAGGUUAACCGUAAAACAGCACAACUGGUAAUCUUAAAUUGUAUGUGAAUAAUGAUUAGGACAUCAACUCCUGUAGUUAAGUGUUUUUCUUUGUCACAUGCAUAUUUUUGUUUUAGGCUUUGUAUAUACACACAUAUGUACUGGUACCACUUGCAAAUAAAGCAUAUUGUUUGUA